CUCCUUCUCCCAUCCUCCUCCUCCCUCUCUUCAAGAUCCAGUGCAUCAAAAACUUCAAUUCCAUCUUCUCUUUUCAAUUGGUAUCUAGGGCACGAAGCUACCCUGCUCCUUCCCUCGCUCCACCUCCCGUCAAGUCUCUUUCAGCUUUAGGCAAAUAAACAACCCGACACUUUUCAUCCUUCAACAUCUCAACCUUCAAGAUGUCUGACGUCGCCGCACUUGCUGACUCCGUGGCUGCGACCACUCUGACCGAUAAGCCCGAUACAAACGGUGCUACCCCUUCCACCCAGGCUGCCGAUGCCGCGGCUGCCAGUGCAGAUGAGGGUCGCCGUCUUUACAUCGGCAACCUCGCAUACGCGACCACUGAGGAGGAGCUCAAGGAGUUCUUCAAGACCUACACCAUCGAGACCACCUCGAUCCCGGUGAACCCCCGUACCAACCGCCCUGUUGGCUACGCAUUUGUGGAUAUUGCUACUGCAGCUGAAGCUUCUGCCGCCAUCGAGGCCCUUUCCGGCAAGGAGAUUCUUCAGCGCAAGGUGUCCGUGCAGCUUGCCCGCAAGCCCGAGCCUGCUGAGGCCAAGGAAGGUGCUGCCAGUGGCGGUGAGGGUGCUGAGGGCCGCAAGCGUGCUGGUGGUCGCGGCCGUGGCCGUGGCCGUGCCCGUGGUCGUGGUGGCCGCACCGGCCGUAGCCGUGCUGUAUGUGCCCAAUCCCUUUCCUUGCUUGAAUCCGCGCAUAUCGACACUCUGAAAUGGAUGCUGACACUACCCAAGGCCCAGGAUGGCCAGGAAGCCACUACCGAAGCUGUUGUCGGCGAAACCGGCGAAACCCCCCUUGCUGAGACCACAAACGACAAGGACACUGCCUCGAAGACCAGCGAGGCCCGCGCCGCACGUCCCCAGAAGCAGCGCGGUCCUCCUGAGGAUGGCAUUCCUUCCAAGACCAAGGUUAUGGUUGCCAACCUGCCGUACGACUUGACUGAGGACAAGCUGAAGGAGAUCUUCGCCGCCUACGAGCCCGUCUCUGCCAAGGUCGCUCUGCGUCCCAUCCCCCGAUUCAUGAUCAAGAAGCUGCAGGCUCGCAACGAGCGCCGCAAGACCCGUGGAUUUGGCUUCGUCAACCUUGCCUCUGAGGAGCUCCAGGCCAAGGCUGUCAGCGAGAUGAACGGCAAGGAUAUUGAUGGUCGCGUCAUCGCUGUGAAGGUUGCCAUUGACAGCCCCGGUAAGGAAGACGAUGAUAUCAAUGCUGUGGCCGAGACCGAGGAGACUUCUGCUCCCGCUUCUGCUCCUGCGGCUGCGGCUGCUCCUACCGAUUCUGCCCCUGCCCCUGCCCAGGAGAACGCUGCUCCUGCCGUCACCACCAAGGCUUAA